GCAGCCCCGCCAGCGCCACCCCCCGCGGGCUGCAGGGGCUCAUGCAGCCGCCAAGGGAGAGGCUAGUGCUAACAGGCCGAGCUGGAUGGAUGGGUAUGGGGAGAGGGGCAGGACCUUCAGCCCUGGGAUUCUGGCCGACCUUCGCCUUCCUUCUCUGCAGCUUCCCCGCAGCCACCUCCUCGUGCAAGAUCCUCAAGUGCAACUCUGAGUUCUGGAGCGCCACGGCGGGCAGCCACGCGCCGGCCCCGGACGACGCCCCCGAGUUCUGCGCGGCGCUGCGCACCUACGCCCUGUGCACGCGGCGCACGGCCCGCACCUGCCGGGGCGACCUGGCCUACCACUCUGCCGUCCAUGGCAUCGAGGACCUCAUGAGCCAGCACAACUGCUCCAAGGAUGGCCCCACGUCGCAGCCGCACCUGCGCACGCUGCCGCCGCCGCCGGGGGACAGCCAGGAGCGCUCGGACAGCCCCGAGAUCUGCCACUACGAGAAGAGCUUCCACAAUCGCGCGGCCGCCCCCAACUACACGCACUGCGGCCUCUUCGGGGACCCACACCUCCGGACUUUCACAGACCGUUUCCAGACCUGCAAGGUGCAGGGCGCCUGGCCGCUCAUCGACAAUAAUUACCUAAACGUGCAGGUCACCAACACACCGGUGCUGCCCGGCUCAGCCGCCACUGCCACCAGCAAGCUCACCAUCAUCUUCAAGAACUUCCAGGAGUGCGUGGACCAGAAGGUGUACCAGGCCGAGAUGGACGAGCUCCCUGCCGCCUUCGCCGACGGCUCCAAGAACGGCGGCGACAAGCACGGGGCCAACAGCCUGAAGAUCACCGAGAAGGUGUCGGGCCAGCACGUGGAGAUCCAGGCCAAGUACAUCGGCACCACCAUCGUGGUCCGCCAGGUGGGUGGCUACCUGACUUUCGCGGUCCGCAUGCCCGAGGAGGUGGUCAACGCCGUGGAAGACCGGGACAGCCAGGGCCUCUACCUCUGCCUGAGGGGCUGCCCCCUCAACCAGCAGAUCGACUUCCAGGCCUUCCGAGCCAGCGCCGAGGGCCCUGGCGCCCGCAGGCUACCAGCCGCCAGCCCCGCCCCCUCAGCCCCCGACACCUUCCCAUACGAGACGGCCGUGGCCAAGUGCAAGGAGAAGCUGCCCGUGGAGGACCUCUACUACCAGGCCUGCGUCUUCGACCUGCUCACCACAGGAGACGUGAACUUCACGCUGGCCGCCUACUACGCCCUGGAGGACGUCAAGAUGCUCCACUCCAACAAGGACAAGCUGCACCUGUACGAGAGGACUCGGGAGCCGCCGGGCCGGGCGGCUGCCGCAGGGCUGCCCCCGGCCCCCUGGCCCCUCCUCGGCAGCCUUCUACUCCUGUCCCUGUUCCCUGUGCUCCUGGAGGCCGCCUAGACCGAGAGCGAGGCGUCCCCGAAGUGGUCGGCGGCUGCACGAGGGCCGGUGGCCUCCCGGUGGCCCCGUAGUCCCUGCAGGGGUCAGGAGCUCCGGCGGCCGCGUACCUCCGAGCUGCCUUGGGCUGCCUGCUGGCAAGGGCUGGGGGCGUGGGACAUUCCCUCCCCUCCCCUGGGGCCCGGGACAAGGUUGUGGUGACUGGUGCUGUGACGUUUGUGACAUAGAGCUGUGCAGAGAGAGAGCUGCGCCUCUCCGCCCGCCCCGCCGUGUGAAUGUGCAAAUCAGAGCCCCUCAGGCCUAAACCCUCACCCCAACAGAGACACUGGGCGUGGGCAGAGUCGACCUGCCCUCACCCCUGCAAUGCACUGAAACAGGCCCGGCUGACUGCUGCACGUGCAUCCCGGGCCACCUGCGCCCACCCCACGCACACACACUCAUACACACUCGCACACACAAAGCCGGGGGGCCCGAGGCAGCCUCAAGGCUGGACCCCUAGGCAGGGCAUCCUUUCCUCUUGGGCUUUAGGACACCCCCGGGGUGCUGCUUGGCAUCUUUAGAAAACUAAUGUAACCCUUUGGCCAAAAAGUUGUGCCCUCCUGGUGCCUUCCCGCCUGUGGCCUCCCUGCGAGCCAAGGAGAGACCACCGUGUGCGCCCUGGCUGGGCACAGGUUCAGGCCCCAGUUACCAGGCCCCGCAGGUGGGGGACGACACAUGUCGUCGGCACGUGCUCUGGGCAAUGCCUGCUCUGGCGCCUUCCCCCACUGCCCAUCCUCCUGUCCCCCGGUCCCCACUGUUCUUUGGAAGUCGAGUCUUUGUUUCUAAAUGUCUAAACAGAGAACUACCCCCUUGAUUUCUGUUCCUUCCUCCCCAGCAGGUGGCAAGAGGCGGUGAGUAGGGGAGCUGAGGCCGCAGGGUGCGGGCUGGAGACUCAGUGGACAGGGCCAGCUGGCCUGCCCUGAUCCUCUGCUUUCUCCUCACCUGCCCCCCAAGAGCCCUGCUCCCUGCCCUGUCCACCCAGGUCUGCAUUCUGGGGAAAGGAGCAGGACCUGGAAGGUGUCUCAGCCCUUAGCAUCCCUGGCAGGAUCUCCUCCUUCUAGGCCUUUCUCUUAAGCCCCGUGGCCACACAGCCAGGAGACUUUCCCACCUCAUGUCAGCCAAGCUGCCCAUCCGAGGAGCCCCGAACCAGUCCCACCUCUGCUGCUGUUUCAGAGAACCCCGGGCACCAGCACCGAGCUGGGCUCCACUCCUAAAGGUGCGGCCGUGCCCCAGAGGGCGAUCCUCCCAGAAGCCCCGCAGGCCCCACUGUCCCCGCCCGCCCACCACAUCCCCGACCGCCCCUCUGCUGUUGCCCAGGGACCUCUCAUACACUGGCCCGGGAGGCUGCGGACUGGUCCCUGCCUCCCCCUCCGAGAGGUUCCCUCUCUCUGCCAAGCUGUGGGCUAGGCGGGCAGGUGGGUGGGAGGCGCAGCCCCGGCCCCUCCCUGCUGGUUUUUAGAUGGUCCCUAUGUUGGAAGUAAAAAGUGAAGCACUUUAUUUUGGUUGUGUUUGAUCACGUUCUGCUUGGAAGUGGGGGCCCCUCACUGUGUCCCAUGUCUGCGACCUGUGUGGGGUGUCACCGCGUGUACAUACUGUAAAUUAUUUAUUAAUGGCUAAAUGCAAGUA